CUUCCAUAAAAAGGAACAAAUUAAAAUAGAAACUUUCAUUUGCCAACGAACACUUAUCAAAUUCAUUAUUUUGCGAUUGCAAAUGACUUUCUUCUUCAGACUGCGUAGAGCUGCCGGCGGCCACAACGGCCGGAAAAACAAGAUUUCCCGGCCAGACGAUUCUCCGGGAGAUCUCACCACACCCAGUAAUUUCAUCUGCCCGGUUUCGCUUGACCUGAUGAAGGAUCCGGUCACAUUGUCCACCGGAAUCACGUACGACCGGGAAAGCAUCGAGAGGUGGCUGGAGGCCGGAAACAAGACCUGCCCGUUGACCAACCAAAUUUUGGAAACCUACGACCUCAUCCCGAACCACUCCAUAAGAAGAAUGAUCCAAGAUUGGUGCGUGGAAAACAAGUCCUACGGGUUGGAAAGAAUCCCGACACCGCGGGUCCCGGUGGGCCCUUCCCAAAUCUCGGCGAUCUGCGCGGCGAUCGACGCCGCGACACGUGUUGGAGACAGUACGAGAUGCCGGGAUUUGGUCGGGAAGAUUAAGGUCUGGGGUAGGGAGAGCGAGCGGAACAAGAUAUGCAUCCGAGACGACGGUGGCACCGGAGUAGCCAUAUCGGCAUGUUUCGAGUUCUUCGCCGGCGCGUCGAUGGAGAAACACUCCGAUCUGUUGAGAGAUUUGCUGUCCAUCCUAGCAUGGAUGUUCCCACUCCGGGAAGAAGGAAAGUCAACGCUAGGGGCAAAAGCGUCAUUACAAUGCAUGGCAUGGUUUUUGAACGGUAGAGACGAGGAUUUACCGGCCAAUCAAAACGCGCUAUUAGUCCUCAAAGAAUUGAUUUCAUCGGACCAAACGUACGCAAACGCGCUACUGGAAGUUGACCAAAGUCUCCCGAAGUCUUUGCUGAAGAUGGUGAAGUUACCAUCUUACCCUUCCGCUAACACGGCCACCAAAGCCUCCCUCACCAUCAUGCAUCACAUGAUUGUUGAAGUCCCACACCGGAAACCCAAUGAAACGAAUGUCAUUGCCGAACUGGUACACGCAGGCUUAGUCUCCGUCCUCCUGGAACUCCUGGUGGACGCCGACAAAAGCGUGUGCCAGAAGGCGUUGACCAUUCUUGACGUCGUAUGUUCGUGCCAAGAAGGGAGAGAGAAAGCGUAUGGUCAUCCGUUGACUAUGCCAUUGUUGGUGAAGAAGAUCAUGAGGGUUUCUGAGCUGGGGACCGAGCACUGUAUCUCGGCCAUGUGGAAGCUUUCCAAAGGAGAGGAGGAAAGGGCUGCCACCAUUGAAGCUCUAGAGUUGGGAGCUUUUCAGAAGCUUUUGGUGGUGUUGCAAGUUGGGUGUGGAGAAAAAGUAAAGGAGAAAGCAACAGAGCUGUUGAAGAUGAUGAAUGUGUACAAGAAUAGGGUGACUGAAUGCUUGGACUCGUCCAACGGUUUCAUGUAUUUGAAGAGAUCUUAUUGAUAUAUUAGUUGGUGACAGUAAAUAAUACUCCAUAGUUGAAGUUAAACCAAUUUUGUUGCAUUUUUUGUUAGGCAAUAUUGUACACAUAGAUUUCCCGUAUACAUACGAUUACCCAUACAUGGCCAGGCCAAUCUUUUAGGUUGUGUGAUAGGUGCUUAACAGUAGCGGGAUUCACUUUUAUAGAAGGCCCCUCAAAAAUUGAAUAUGUAGUAGUUAUACGUUGAUUUCUAGCUAGAUGUUACUACCUCCGUCCCAUAAUGGUUGUCCACUUUCAAUUUGACACGAUUAUUAAUAAAGUGGUUGAAAAGUAAAAGUUGUAGUUGAGAUUUGAGUAGAAUAAAGUGAAUUGAUAAGAACCACAUAUUUCAUGACAAAAAAGGAAACAAGACAUUCAUUUUGGUACAACCCAAAAAAGAAAGUAGGACAACCAAAAUGGGCCGGAGGGAGUAUUUAUUAUUUCAAAUAUCAAAAGUAGAUAAGUUUAACACGGUCUAAUUUGUGUACUUUAACCAUUAUAAAACUUAUAUUUCAU